UGUAUGGCAUUUAGGGUUUGGGCAACUGGUGGAAUAUUAAACCAUAAGUCUCCCUUCAAUUAAACCUUUCCUCAGUGAGAUAAGCCUGUUUGUUAUGGUGUUGCUUACGGUAAAAGGUAAUUCUAGUGGGAUAAAGCCAAGAGAAAGUCGUUUAGCCAAUAUCACACGUCAAAUCGAAACCAACAGAUGUUAAUGAUUAUCUGAAUUACCCUCAAUAAAUACAAAACCAAAUGAGAGCUCAGAGUUAGGAGAGACCCAGCCAUGGAGCCAGAGCAGAUGAAGGAGUACAUUAAGGAUUUCAGCCUGGAUAACUGCCCCCUGGGGAAUCAGGGCUAUACCAGGGUCCUACUGCAGCUGUUUGGCUACGCAGGUCACGGCAAAUCCUCCUUCAUUAACUCCUGUAAGUACGUCAUGGACGACGCCGAAUACGCGGAAUAUGCAAAAGUUGCCGAUUCCAUCAAAGGACCCGAGACAUUGAUGAGAAAUUCCUAUCUGCUGGCAAACAAUGUGACUCUGGUGGAUAACAGGGGAGCUGCGAAAAUGGACAAAAUGGAGAUAGGAGAAAUCUACCUGCAGCUGGGAAACUUUUUACCACUGGACUCACCAGUCGUAUGGCAAACAAAUUUUUCUGAUAUGAUGAAUAAAGUCUUAGCUUCAGAGAAGCAGGAAUGUGCUACAGAUUUUAUUGUUCCAAUAUUUGUGUACAGCGCAAAAGCAGGAAUGUUAGAUGCAGAGAUUGGGGAGAUCAUUUCCUGUGCCAAAAAAAUUACAGGACUUGAACCGACUGUUGUUGUGACCCAUGGAUUAAGUAUCCCUGCUGCUGAGCUGAAUAAAAUCAAAGAUAAAUUUAGAGAUAUGGGGGCAGGGAGCGUCUACCCUUUAGAAAACUACACCCAAGAGGAUAACAUGAAAACAAGAGGAAAACAUAAAGUGAUUUUACGGUGUCUCUAUAAGUCCCUUAAAAAUGUUGAAUUUCGAAUGAAAGACAAAUUGGAUCCCAUUCAGGAAAGAAUAGAAAGGAAAGGGUUCCUUAUUACAUAUGCACAUGAGAGGGGUGUAAAGGAAGCAAGGGAUAGGGGAAUACUGGAAGAAAGGGAACGGGCAAUACAGGAGGCAAGGCAAAAGGCAAUACAGGAAGCAAGGGCAAAGCAAGAAAAGGCAAAAAAAUCCAAGUGCCCAAUUUCUUGAUAUUGAAAUAGAAAGUGCCUAAUCUAUACUAUACUGUCUAAAUCUAACAUAGCCUCCUCACCUCAGUAGUUGAAGUUAAAAAAUCAUAUACAGGUAUGGGACCCCUUAUCCAGAAACCCAUUAUCCAAAAAACUUCGAAUUAUGGAAAGCCCG